UCAUCAUCAUCGCACACAAUCUCCACUCUCUUUCCCUCUCCUCCCUCCCUUAAGACAUUAUUAUUAUUAUUAUUAUUAUUAUUACUAUUACAACUCUUCUGAAGAGAGAGACAGAGAGAUCAAUUUCUUUUCUCUAGGGUUUGGUGUUCCAAGCGCAGAAGCAUAUUAAAAACACUGAAGGAGGAGGAAGAGGAAGACAGACAGACUGCUAGCAGGCUAAUUAGUUUCUGUAAAUUAGGGUUUUUUCCUCCUCCUCCUCUUUUUUAUUAUUUAUUAAAAUCAAUUCAAAUUUUGAAAGAGAGAGAGAGAGAGAGGGAAGAUGAUGAUGGAAGGGUCAGGGAGGAGGAUAUCAGCAGCGAAUCCAAGGCCGUGUUCGGGGAGAAGGAUAUUAGCAGCCAAGAAACGGGGUCGAUCUGAUGGGUUCUUGAACAGUGUUAAAAAGCUUCAAAGAAGAGAGAUUUCCUCAAAGUCAGAUCGUUCUUUCAGUAUCACCAAUGCCCAGGAGAGAUUUCGCAAUAUGCGCUUGAUGGAAGAAUACGAUACUCAUGACCCCAAGGGCCAUUGUUCGAUGGUGCUGCCCUUUUUGAUGAAGAGAACUAAAGUUAUUGAGAUUGUGGCCGCCCGGGACAUUGUCUUUGCCCUUGCACAUUCUGGUGUAUGUGCUGCUUUUAGUAGAGAGACAAAUCAGAGGAUAUGUUUUUUGAAUGUGAGUCCUGAUGAAGUCAUUCGGAGUUUGUUCUACAAUAAAAACAAUGAUUCUCUCAUCACUGUUUCGGUCUAUGCGUCGGAUAACUUCAGCUCCUUGAAAUGCAGAUCAACGAGAAUUGAGUACAUUCGAAGGGGUAAGCCAGAUGCAGGUUUCCCUCUUUUUGAGUCCGAGUCCUUGAAGUGGCCAGGUUUUGUGGAGUUUGAUGAUGUCAAUGGAAAGGUGCUAACGUACUCAGCACAAGAUAGUAUAUACAAGGUUUUUGACCUAAAAAACUACACAAUGCUGUACUCCAUAUCAGAUACAGAUGUGCAAGAAAUCAAGAUCAGUCCGGGCAUCAUGUUAUUGAUUUUAAAUAGAUCAAGUGGCUAUGUUCCUCUUAAGAUUUUGUCAAUAGAAGAUGGUACAAUUCUCAAAGACUUCAAGCAUCUUCUUCAUCGAAAUAAGAAGGUGGACUUCAUUGAACAAUUUAACGAAAAGCUUCUUGUCAAACAAGAAAAUGAGAAUCUCCAGAUUCUUGACGUUCGACAUACUGGUAUUAGGGAAGUUAGCAGAACCGACUUCAUGACACCAUCAGCAUUUAUCUUUCUGUAUGAAAACCAGUUGUUCUUAACAUUCAGAAAUAGAACUGUUGCUGUUUGGAAUUUUCGUGGAGAGCUUGUUACUUCAUUCGAGGAUCAUCUCUUAUGGCAUCCUGACUGUAACACAAAUAACAUUUACAUAACAAGUGAUCAGGAUCUUAUCAUUUCAUACUGCAAGGCUGAUUCUGACGAUCAAUGGAUGGAAGGAAAUGCUGGUUCUAUCAAUAUCAGCAAUAUCCUGACGGGAAAAUGCCUAGCUAAAAUAAAUGCCACCAAUGGCAGUCCCAAGGACGAGGAAUGCAGCAGCAGCACAGGAAGCUCAAAGCAGAGCCGCUUGAUGAUGAGAAGUACAGUGGCAGCGGCUUUGGAAGACAUAACCGCUCUUUUUUACGAUGAAGAGCGCAAUGAAAUCUACACUGGUAAUAGGCAUGGUCUGGUUCAUGUGUGGUCUAACUAAAGAGGAGUUUUCAUUAUUUUGAUUUUGAAACUGCAAGAAGGGGAUGUUGUGUCAUGCCUGCACUACAUAACUUGAGUGCGCACUGUAUCAUUAGAUUGCAUCGGCAUUAUUUGUAUCGGUAGAUAUUCUUGGACUGCAGCUGUAGCUGUCUGUACAUUAGUAUAUAGGCUUCUUGAUUGGGAUUCGGAGGAGGCUUAAAUCUUGAUGUUGUCUCCAUGUAUACUAGAUUGUAGUUUUCUAAAUUCUAGUGUCUAAUUGUGUUUGGAUUUUAUUUUAUUUUAUUUUAUUUAAAGAAAAACAUAAUUUUAA